AUGGGUAUCCAACGUGGGAGUCAAGGAGCACAGGCUGGCCCCUCCAGCACUAUCAACCCAUUGGUGCAGGAGUUUGGAUCGCUUCAAGUCCUUGACGACUUGAUUCGCUUACGAGCCGCUGAUGUCGUUCAAUAUCCCAUUCUUGCCUAUCCCCGUUUCGACAACGAUGCAGCUUCCUAUGAAUACUACACGGGGAAACAAUUGGAUGCUAUGAUAAACCAUGCUGUCAUCAAGCUCAUGGAUCAUGGAUUCAAACAGGCAACACAAAAUCCAUCCAUCGUGGCACUUCUUACUUUGUCUGACCUUAACAUGGUGAUCACCUUUUUUGCCCUGAGUCGUCUGGGCUAUACUAUCAUGAUGCUCUCGCCAAGGCUCUCGGGUGACGUCUGCAUCUCAUUGCUAGAAACUGUCAACUGUGAGUCAAUCAUAUAUGGCCAAUCUCCCAAUAUCCGCUCAACAUUGGGCGAGAUCCUUUGCCGGAGGCUAGUGACCUGCCGCCCAAUACUCUCAUGCUCUUUAUACAACAAACUACAAUCGCCAUCGCUUGUUCUAAAUCGCAAUCGAAAUCCCGAAAAAGUCGCCUUGAUCCUUCAUUCCUCGGGAUCAACAGGCACCCCGAAACCGCUCUUCCUCACACACAGAGCGAUCAUGACUCACCCGCUGAGAGGUCCUGGGUUUACUUCUUUCAAUACUUUGCCAUGGUAUCACCUCCAUGGGCUGUCCACCGCAUUGCAGGCAAUGUGGAUGAGAAAGACAGCCUACAUGUGGAACGCUGCGCUGCCUUUAACUGCAGAACUCGUUGCUAGGGCUCUCGAAGAAGCCAGGCCAGAGUCAGUGGCAGCGGUUCCAUAUAUGCUCCAACUUUUGAUUGAUGACCCCCGUGGUAUCACAUUGUUAAGGCAAUGCAAGUUGGUUACCUACGGAGGUGCACCUUGUCCCGAUGAGCUGGGCGAUCGCCUAGUAAGCGAAGGAGUACACUUUGGAGGUUCAUUCGGCCUCACCGAGGCUGGUCUUGUUGCAGAAUCAAUCUCUCGACCAAAAGGUGACCCCUAUUGGAACUAUCUGAAAUUCUUUGACAAUAUCCGAUCAUAUGUCUGGAUGAAGCCCAUCUCCGAAUCGGAUUCGCUUUUCGAGUGCGUUUAUCUUGCUGGUCAUCCAGCAUUAACAACCUCGAAUUCAAACGAGCCGCCAGGAUCCUUCCAUUCGAAAGACGUGUUCACCCCUCACCCUACAAUUGCCGGAAGAUGGAAAUACAUCUCACGAUUGGAUGACCGAAUCAAUCUAGUGAAUGGUGAGAAAGUCUUGCCACUCCCGAUUGAAGGCCACAUCAAACAACACACUUUUAUCCAUGAUGCAGUUGUAGUCGGGGUAGGCAAGGCUGCUCCAGGUCUAUUGAUUUUGCGAGCGGACGAACCUUAUACCAACCGUCUCUCGGACGAAAAAUACCUCAAUGCAAUCUGGCCGACAAUCCAAGAAGCCAACUCUCAGGCAGAGGCUUUCUCUCAAAUCUCCCGCAAUCUCGUUGCUAUAUUGCCACAUGACGCCAAGUUUUCUCGAACGGACAAAGGGUCCAUGAUCCGAGCACAAAUCUAUAAAGAAUACAGCGAACUUAUCGAGGGCCUUUAUACCGAGGAGAAACAGACCUAUGGGAAUCUUCAGCUUAACGUUGUGGAGACAGAGCGCGUGCUUCUUCAACUAGCCGAGCAAGAACUUGGGAUACCGCUCUCUGGUAUCGACGCCAAUUUCUUCUCUGAGGGUGUUGAUAGUCUCAAGGCAAUCCAUUUCCGACGUCUCAUCCUUCAGCAUUUCAAGUUUGAGAUGAGCCAGACUCCUGGACCGAAUGUCAUAUUUGAAACGGGUUGUAUAUCACAGUUGGCUCGACAUAUCUGUGCUUUACAAAAGGGGGAAAUAUUGGAAGAUGUCGAGAGUGAUUUAUCUGUGAUGACUGAAUUGAUCGAGAAGUACUCCGUGUUUGAGAGGCACAUACCUCAAUCACAUGCUUUCUCAGGGCCGAACAGUGUGCUUUUAACAGGAGCCACCGGGUCAAUUGGUGCCCACGUCUUGUACGAGCUACUCAACGACGACUGUAUCUCCACGGUGUACUGUCUCACGAGGCGAGAAUCACCAUUAGAAGCAAUACUCCGCACUCUAGCCGACAAGGAUCUUUUCAUAUCCCCUGAACAGAGAGCAAAGAUCGUCGCCUUCAACAGCCGUAUUGAUCAGCCCGAUUUCGGUCUAUCUCUAGAUGAAAGUACAAUCACACACAUGCUCGACUCGGUUUCACUCAUUAUUCACACAGCAUGGCCCGUCAACUUCAAUCUCCCGCUGGGCGAGUUUGAGCCACACAUCCAGGGACUGCACAAUUUAAUACAAUUCUCGCUAUCAGUGCAGAGACGCGAGCCUGCGGUCAUGAUGUUCUGCUCCUCAGUCUCCACCGCGCUCGGAUCUCGAUCAGCCGAGAUCCAUGAAGAACCAGUCGACUUGGACAGCGCCUUCAUGGGCUACGGGCAGUCCAAGUUGAUUGGGGAGCAGAUUGUGAGUAAUGCGCGACGCAGUGGAGCAAGGGCUUAUUCUCUUCGGAUUGGCCAGGUCUCAGGUCACUCGAAGAAGGGUCGUUGGAAUGACUCUGAAGCUCUGCCGUUGAUGAUCCGGUCGGCGCUGACACUGGGCGCACUGCCUCAACUAUCCCAAACAUGUUCUUGGCUUCCGGUGGAUGAGCUCGCGUCCACUAUUCUUGAACUAGCCAGGACUUGUGCUACGCCGAGUGUGUUUGGGGAAAGUCAGGCGUCCAACUCAGCUCUACUGGAGUACGUUGAUGACUCGAUUUUCAAUUUGUGUAAUUCUCGCGAAUUCACCUGGUCGUCUUUGCUUCAUACGCUGAAGAAUUGUGGUUUCCAAUUUGAUGUUGUGCCUUUUGAAGAGUGGUUGCUGAGACUUCGUCGGAGUGAGAAACGGGGUGAGGAACUUGUCAAUCCGGCGGUCAAGCUCAUUCAUCAUUAUGAGACAAUGCAUGGGAAGAAAUCAUCUCUGAUACAGAAUGGGCCGAAAAGGUUCAUUACCGAGAAAGCAGAGAGAAGUAGUGUGACUUUGCGAAAUGGCCGACUGAGAAUUAUUGAUGAUGGAAUCCUGAGAUGCUACGCUCAAGAUUGGUUGGCGAGGUGGACGGCUUAG